CGCACGCGUCGAUACGACUAAGCCCUUUCCGAGCAAGGUAAUAUAUGAAUUCCAACAUAAACUCCAUCCCAACCAAGCACGCGCCAGGUUCCCACUAAACACCUUCAUCUCUUUAACCCAAGACAAGACAGCCUCGAGUGGGAUACUGCUAUCCCGCUUCAGGGCUAGGCAGGCCGCUAGAGUCCUGCAUCCUUACCUGACUUGUAUGCUCCGUGUCUGUCACUUUGUCUGAGAAUAUCCACAGGUAAUGCCAGCUUCGGUUGACCAUCCGACCUCGAAACCAUGAACUCGGCCUAUGGCUCUUCGGAUGCGCCCCGGCAGGCGCCUAUCGGAGGCCAUGGCUCUGUGCCGUCUCUCCCUCCAGUUGUAAGUCCCAGCUCGGCGUCAAACUCCGCGUCUCUGGACCAUCUGUACCAUCACCAGCCGCGCCAUCCACUUCCUACUGGUGCUGGAGCUGGACCCCAUUCUCCAAUCCAGAGUCAAGCUCCUCCACACCUGCAGCCUCACUUUCAACCUCACCAGGGCCAGGGCCAGGUCCAGGGCCAUCAUCACCAGGAACGAGACCACCAGCUGCCGCCACCCAUCAACGCCUACAACACACACCCCCAGCAACACCAGCAUGAGCCUUUGCCACCGCGGGUGCUGGACCCUGCGUCCAACGAGCAGAGGGAUCAGCAGCCUCCUCCUCCUCCUCCUUCUCUUCCUCCUCAGCAUGUCCUCGAACGCCAAUCCGGAUCUCGCGAAUCGUUCAGUGCCUUGAUCCACGCCGAGGGACAGCAGGUUGGGUCGGCAAGUAUGCUCGUUCCAUUCUCAAAGAGCGACGAGCUUACGGGUCGCAAGUACCAGUUAGUUUGCCUCAACGCGCUGCUAUCCUUUUGAUCGAACGCAGCUAAUCCAGCUUCCAAGCCUUGAUGUAGUCCAGCAGCCUCGACGAGCCCGCAUGUGCGGCUUCGGUGACAAGGUCAGUUGCUCUUGGUCAUCCCUCAUGCAUCGACUUCCACCAGACUGCUC